AUGCACAAAACUUAUGAUCGAUAUUUUCUGGACUUUAAAUCAAUAUCAAAGACAAAUUUUCAUCUAUUUCGUCAUUUAAUUAAUCCUCAAAAUGUUAUGUCAUUAAGAUUUUGUGAUGAUGAACAUACUUCAAAUCAAAUUGGUUUAUUUAUAUCAUUGAUUCGACUUCGACAAUUUGCUCGACUUGAUUCAAUAAUUUUUCUUGGUAUUGGAGAAUUUCAAUUGAAUAUAAAAAAUGAUAUGUCGCCUAUCAAUUUAAUUCUAAUAAUCAAUAUAAAAUUCAAACUUAUUCGUUAUCAAUUUGUAAAUAUGUUCUUCAAUAUGAAUUAA